AUGGCAAAAGCUAAGGAAGAAUUUGGAGGGGGUGCCAGCCUGGAGGAUGAACUCAGCUGUCCCAUCUGCCUGUGCCUGUACAGGGACCCGGUGUCGCUGAGCUGCGGUCACAGCUUCUGCAAGCAGUGCAUCCAGAAGGCACUCGGUGCCCAGCAGCAAUCCAAGGCCCCUUACUCCUGCCCCAUGUGCAAGCUCCAGCUGGGGCCCAUCCUGGAGCUGCAGAAGAAUUUCCAGCUGUGCAGUAUCGUGGAGGUAUUCCUGGCCACCUCUUCAAAACAACAACAGAGCAAAGGCUCUGCAGAGAGGAAGAAGGAGGCGGUUCCCUGUGACUUCUGCCUGGAUUGGCCCCAGCCAGCGGUGAAAACCUGCCUGAUCUGCGAUGCGUCUUUUUGCCAGGCGCAUCUGAACAAACACAACGCCAAGGCUUCCCAGCAGGACCACAUCCUGGUGGAGGUGGGCGCCGGCAGUGCGGUGGAGGACAGGAGGUGCCCGGAGCACGGCAGGCUGCUGGAGUGCUACUGCCAGGACGAGGGGCAGUACGUCUGCAUGCUCUGCUCCGUUGCGGGCUGCCACAAGGGCCACAGCAUCGUCACCCUGAAGGAGGGACAUGACAAACAGCUGAGUGAACUCUCGGACAUGGUGGCGUGGCUGCAGGAACGUAAAAAUGCUUUAGCUACCGCCCUAGAAGAGCUUCAGAAAAGCGAGAAUCAGCUCAAGACCAAUAUGAAAACAGUGACUUCUCAGCUGCAAAAGCUGUUUGAAGAGAUGAAGAUAGAGGUGAUUCAGAAAGAGAAGAAGAUCCUGAAUGACAUUCAAUCCAAUGAGAAAAAGCAGCUGGCGGUCAUUACCAAAGUGAAGAAGGAAAUGGAACAGAGGAGAGAUGAGGCUGCGCAGCAUCUUCAGGCUUUGCAGAAGAUGAGAGAGCAACAAGAUAUUUUCCUCUUCCUCAAACAUUUGAAAGUUCCCAUCCAGGUUUGGAUUGUGAGUCAGAAUUUCGGCGUCAGCAGGAUGGACGUGGUGGUAGUGCAGCUGGAUCAGGCCAGGAUUGACCGUUACCGACGCCUGACGUUGGACUUCGUGGGUCGCCUGGACUCGCUGCAGAAAGGCGUGCAGAGUGAGUGA